AUGGCCUAUGUCGUGCCAAUCCACCGAGCCAGCAGCAUCCGGCAUGCGCUCAAGCUGCAGUUUCUGAGACCGGAGGAGGAAUCCUUGGUUGUUGCGAAAGCGAAUCGACUGGAAUUCUACUCGUUGACUCCUGAUGGGCUGGUUCUCACUGCUUCGCGGGCCCUUUAUGCCCGGGUGACGAUGCUUGCUCGACUCCCGGCCCCGGCCAAUUUCCCUACCGAUCACCUCUUCGUCGGAACCGAUCAAUACAGUUAUUUUACAUUAUCGUGGGAUAUCGAGAAGAACCAGGUUCGCACGGAGCGAAAUUUCGUCGAUAUUUCCGAUCCCUCAGCCCGGGAAUCCCAAACAGGCAACCGAUGCCUUAUCGACCCAAGCGGACGGUUUAUGACGCUAGAGAUCCACGAGGGUGUAAUUGUGGUCGUUCCUAUCGUGCAACUGCCGACAAGGAAGAAGGGGAGGAGUAUAACGGUGGAUUCUGGUCCCAAUGCGCCGCGAAUCGGGGAGUUGGGGGAACCGGUGCUUUCGAGGAUAGAGGAGUUGUUUGUUCGCUCUUCGGCCUUCCUGCAUGUGCAGUCGGAUAAGCCGCGUAUGGCACUGCUGUACGAAGAUAACCAGAAGAAGGUUAGGUUGAAGGUUCGGGAGCUUCAUUAUACAACAGGCACGGCUAGUACGCCUACCGAAGCAGUGUUUAAGGAGCCGGAGCCUUUUUUGCAGGAAUUGGAUCUGGGUGCCUCUCAUUUGAUACCUGUUCCAGCUCCACUAGGCGGUCUGUUGAUACUAGGGGAGACAUCGAUCAACUAUGUCGACGUCGAUAAUAAUGAGAGCUUCUCUCGAUCUCUUGAUGACGCGACUAUCUUCGUCGCGUGGGAACAAGUGGAUAGUCGACGAUGGCUGCUAGCGGAUGAUUACGGAAGACUAUUCAUCCUGACGCUUGUGCUGGAUUCGAACAACCAAAUUGGCAGCUUGAAGCUGGAUCAUCUGGGCAACACAUCCCGGGCUUCUGUCUUUGUCUAUCUUGGUGGAGGUAUUCUUUUCGUUGGGUCUCACCAAGGAGACUCUCAGGUGAUUCGGCUUGAAAAAGACUCGCUCGAAGUCAUUCAAACUUUGUCGAACAUCGCUCCUAUCUUGGACUUUACAAUAAUGGAUCUUGGAAACCGGACAAGUGAAAGUCAAACGCAUGAGUUCUCGUCGGGACAAGCUCGUAUCAUCUCUGGUUCAGGUGCCUUUGACGAUGGGACUCUGCGAAGUGUGCGUAGCGGUGUGGGCAUGGAAGACUUGGGUUUAUUGGGUGAUAUGGAUCAUAUCACGGAUCUAUGGGGCUUACAAUCGGGGAAUACAGCUGGUGACAUUCUUGACACGCUGCUCGUUACGUUUGUCGACGAAACACGAGUUUUCCGCUUCGGUCCUGAUGGCGAGGUUGAGGAAUUAGAUGACUUCCUUGGUUUAAGCCUUUCAGAAAACACGAUUCUUGCUGCCAACCUACCAGGAGGACGGAUAUUGCAGGUUACUGAACGGAAAGUCCUGAUUGCAGAGAUCGAAAGCGGAAUGGUGACUUUCGAGUGGAUGCCACCAAACGAGCAGAUUAUCACAGCUGCCUCAUCUAACGAUGACACUGCAGUCCUUGUGACGGGUGGUCGAGCGUUGAUAGUCUUUAAUGUCAGAAAUGAUGCUCGGGUCAUUGCCCAGAAAGAGUACAGCGCAGACACUCAAAUCUCUGGUGUCACAGUUCCCUCUUCGCCCACGGGAGUUUGUAUUGCGGCUUUCCCUCAGUUAGCGCAGGUUUCAGUUCUCCAAUUGAAGGAUCUACAAGAGUUGCAGACAAAGUCACUUGGUCCUGCUGGUGAAGCUUUCCCUCGGUCAGUUCUUGUCACCGAUGUCCACCAGGCAGGUGUUCCUACGCUGUUUAUCUCGAUGGCCGAUGGCACUGUCGUCACUUUCUCAUUCAACGUUCAAGAUUUCUCUUUGACGGGUAUGAACAAGUUGAUUCUUGGAUCUGAGCAGCCUAUCUUCAAGAAGAUCCCUCGAGGACACGGGUUGUACAACGUGUUUGCAACGUGCGAAAACCCAAGUUUGAUCUAUGGCUCUGAGGGCCGAAUAAUCUACUCCGCCGUCAACUCUGGGGGCGCUUCGCGUGUCUGCCAUUUCCAUUCCGAAGCGUAUCCCGAAGCGAUCGCGGUUGCGACUGCUCAUGACCUGAAAAUUGCCCUAGUAGACAAAGAGAGGACGACCCAAAUCCAGACACUCCCGAUCGGAGCUACUGUCCGCCGUGUUGCCUACUCAUCUCACGAAAAGGCAUUCGGUAUCGGUACCAUCGAACGAAAACUGGUCCAAGGGGCGGAGAUUGUUAAGAGCCAAUUUGUGCUUGCUGAUGAAAUCCUCUUCCGUCGGUUGGACGCCGUUGACCUUAAAGAAGAGGAGUUGGUGGAGAGCGUGAUUCGCGCUGAAUUCGCUGCUGGCAAGGACGAGACUGGGAAAGAUGUGGUCAAGGAUCGGUUCGUUGUCGGCACGGCUUAUUUGGAUGACGAGGAAGAUGAAUCCAUUCGAGGACGGAUAUUGGUGUUUGAGGUUGAUAAUGGUCGGAAGUUGACGCAGGUUGCUGAGCUUCCUGUCAAGGGUGCUUGUCGGGCUUUGGCUAUGAUGGGGGAGAAGAUUGUUGCGGCGCUUGUUAAGACGGUCGUCGUCUACAAAGUGGUAAACAACAACUUCGGAUCAAUGAAGCUUGAAAAACUCGCCAGCUACAGGACCUCAACGGCACCCGUGGACGUGACGGUAACAGGAGACAUUGUUGCAGUGUCUGACCUGAUGAAGAGUGUCUCCAUUGUACAAUACAAGGAAGGCCAGAACGGCCUCCCCGGCUCCAUGACUGAAGUAUCCCGACAUUUCCAGACCGUUUGGGGUACAGGCGUUGCCUGCAUCGCGGAGGAUACUUUCCUCGAAAGCGAUGCUGAGGGCAAUUUGGUCGUCCUCCGUCGUAAUGUCAAUGGCGUGACGGAUGAUGACAAGCGCCGACUUGAGGUGACCAGCGAGAUCUCGCUGGGCGAAAUGGUCAACCGGAUUCGACCGGUGAAUAUCCAGCAGCUGGCUAGUGUGACUGUGACUCCACGGGCUUUCUUGGGAACGGUCGAAGGCUCAAUCUACCUCUUCGCCGUGAUCAACCCCGAACAUCAAGACUUCCUUAUGCGCCUUCAAGUCAUAAUCGCCUCCUUCGUCGACUCCCUCGGUGCCCUGCCAUUCAACAAGUUCCGCGGAUUCCGGAGCAUGGUUAGGGAAGCUGAUGAGCCGUUCCGGUUUGUGGAUGGGGAGCUGAUUGAGCGGUUCUUGGACUGUGAUGCGCACGUGCAGAAGGAGAUUGUGUCGAGGGUGGGUGGGAUGGAUGUUGAUGGGGUUAAGGCGAUGAUUGAGGCGUUAAGAAGAUUGCAUUAG